AUAGUGAAUGUACAGGCCGCAGUGCGCGCCGCUCUCAAAAUUAAUAAAAGCGGGCUAAGGAGUGAGAGUGCGGGAGGAGAAGCGCAAAGUGAGGGGCUGAGGGGACCCACCGAGCAGGUAUUUUGCUGUCAGAUGAGAAACACGAUGGCCGUUUAUAACACUAAACAUCUAGUCAAAUGUGAAGCAUCAUAAAAAACCUGGAGAAAAUGGAUCAAGGUGGAGGGGUGUUGGAGCUCCACUCCCAGGAUCUGAAACAGCCCCACACAAUGAUCAUGCAAGACUUUGGGAUGGGGGGCAUGGCUCAGAUAGACGGCGAGCACAUCGUGGUGUCCGUGCCUGAGGGGGUGCUGAUAUCUGAUGUGGCGAGCGACGAGGGCAUCCUGCUGGAGCACGGUCUGGAAGCCGAGGUAGUGGAAGGCUCCGGCAUCGGAAACGAGGACGUCAUCAUGGCCGAGUCCAUCCUCGGGGCGGAGGUGGCCAUCGAGGAGGCCCUGGAUGCCGAACAUCACAUCCUGGCUGCUGAGCUGAUCGAAGAGACGGUGCCCGUGCAGGUGUUCGUGACCGACCUGAUGUCUCCGAGCGAGGACGGCCCGUUGGAUGCUGAGCUGGUGUCUGAGGAGGUGAUGGUGGCUGAGGCGGAGACCAUAGUUCAGGCACACGAGACCCCGCCUCCUAGCGUCAUUCUGAACAGCCACGAUGACGAUGAGGACAGCAAGAGCGCCACGGAGGACUUUUUGAUGAUCUCAUUGGACGACGUUGGCGACAAGUUGGAUAUCGGCGAUCCAUCGAUAAAAAUCACUGCUGAGAUGGAUCAGGACGACGACGACCAGAAAGAGGAUGAAUUUGGCUCUGAGGUUAUUAAGGUGUACAUCAUCAAGGCCGAAGGGGACGAGAAUGUGGAAAUAGGUGAAACGGAGGUGGUCUCGGAGGGAGAAUUUCCUAAUGGACAUGCCGUGUUGGAGCCGGCUAGCAUCGGCCGGCUGCCCAGAGAAAAGAUGGUCUACAUGGCGGUGAAGGACGUCAGCGAAGGAGAUCAGGGUACAAAUGUCUCGGAGAUGACGGACCAGGUCUACAUGGAGGUGAUCGUCGGGGAGGACGAGGCUCCUGCCCUUCAGGACGCGAAGUUGGAGAAUUCAACAUCUAAUAAGACCUUCGUUCCUGUCGCAUGGGCUGCUGCUUACGGUAACAAUCUGGAGUGUCAUGUAGAAGGUAAGCAUGGUGUGACCACGCCGUACCUGCAGAUCAGUGACCGCAUCAGCACCAGCCGUGCUCUCAAGCAGAAGAUCAAGAAGAAGAGGAAGGGAGAAACGCGGCAGUGCCAGACUGCAGUGAUUAUCGGUCCCGACGGCCUUCCCCUGACGGUUUACCCCUGCCACAUCUGCGGCAAGAAAUUCAAGUCGCGAGGCUUCCUCAAGCGGCACAUGAAGAACCACCCGGACCACAUGUUCAAGAAGAAGUACCAGUGCACGGACUGCGACUUCACCACCAACAAGAAGAUCAGCUUUCACAAUCACCUGGAGGGCCACAAGCUCAUCGUGAAGAACGAGAAGAUCCCCGAGUACACCGAGUACACGCGGCACUACCAGGAGGCGAGUCCGCUCAGCCCGAACAAACUCAUCCUGCACGACAAGGAACCCAAACUGCACAAGUGCAAGUACUGCGAGUACGAGACGGCCGAGCAGGGCCUCCUCAACCGCCACCUGCUGGCGGUGCACAGCAAAAACUUCGCGCACGUCUGCGCCGAGUGCGCCAAGGGGUUCCGACACCCGUCCGAACUCAAGAAGCACAUGCGGACGCACACGGGCGAGAAGCCGUACGGCUGCCAGCUCUGCGACUUCCGCUGCGCUGACCCGUCCAACCUAAAGACUCACAUCAAGAGCAAGCACGCCACCGAGCUGCCCUUCAAGUGCGCCCAUUGCCCACAGACGUUCGCGGACGACAAGGACCUGCAGAGGCACAUGGAGAUUUUUCAGGGCCAUAAGACUCACCAGUGCCCGCACUGCGAGCACAAGAGCACCAACUCGAGCGAUCUGAAGCGCCACAUCAUCUCGGUUCACACCAAGGACUUUCCGCACAAGUGCGACCUCUGCGAGAAGGGUUUUCAUCGGCCUUCGGAGCUCAAAAAGCACGCCGAGACGCACCGAGGCAACAAGGUGCACCAGUGCCGGCACUGCGACUUCAAGAUCUCGGACCCGUUCACGCUCAGCCGGCACAUCCUCUCGGUGCACACCAAGGAGCUGCCGUUCAAAUGCAAACGCUGCAAGCGCGGCUUCCGGCAGCCCAACGAACUCAAGAAACACGCAAAGACGCACAGCGGGCGUAAAGUCUACCAGUGCCAGUACUGCGAGUACAACACGGCCGACGCCUCCGGUUUCAAACGCCACGUCAUCUCGAUCCACACUAAAGACUACCCGCACAGAUGCGACUACUGCAAGAAGGGUUUCAGGCGACCCUCGGAAAAAAAUCAGCACAUUAUGCGGCAUCAUAAAGAGAUGCUGAUGUAACACUCGCCCCCUCCCCUCCACGUCAUGAACUUUAGCCAAAAUCACAGUGCAGAAAAUGGUACCGUUUAAUCUGGUAAUUACGGUGACGUUGUAAUUGCUCCUUAUUCUUCGCCGUAAGGCUUUUAAAAUAAAUAUACAGUACUAGCUUCAGUACAGCGCUGAACAGUGAGGGUUCUGGAAGUAACAAUGACCUCCACAGGGAAUCGCAUUUUUUAUUUUAAAAAAAAGUCUAAAGCAUGAGCUACAGCAUUAUCUAUUUAUUUUUUUUAUGUUUUUUUGCACUUUUGCAGAACCUAUACAUCAUACGUUUGAACGUACAAGUACAAGGUCCACGGAAACACAAUUGGCUGUGUUUGAGAAAAGGAAAGGUCAGAGCUUUGCAUGGCUCUCCGUAUGAGACGUGAGACACGUAUGGGAAGGGAAGAGGGGUGGUGAUCCAGCUCUCCUUGAUCGGAUCGGGUUUGGGAACCGGAAAUGACUAGAUUAGGAGAUAAAAGGGGAACAAUCCAUUCCCCAUAGGGCGGCACGGUUGCUCGGUGGGUAGCACUGUCGCCUCACAGCAAGAAGGUCCUGGGUUUGAUCCCCAGGUGGGGGGCGGUCCGGGUCCUUUCUGUGCGGAGUUUGCAUGUUCUCCCCGUGUCUGCGUGGGUUUCUUCCGGGAGCUCCGAUUUCUUCCCACAGUCCAAAGAUGUGCAAAUGAGGUGAAUUGGAGACACAAACUGUCCCUGACUGUGUUAGAUAUAACCUACUACCGUUCCUGUCACGAAUGUAACCACAAGUGUAAAACAUGACGUUAAAAUCCUAAUAAAUAAAUAAAUUAAUAAUAAACACUCCCCAUAAUUCUAAAAUAAUUUAGACCUAAUUCUAUUUAUCAGACGGAACAGUUGGUGCUUGCGUCUUAAAAUGUUAAAGUAUAUCAGAUACUAGGUAGUGAAGUGCAAUUUAAAUGGCUAAAAUAAUGUAAAAUAAUAAUAUAUAAGUAAAGAAAAAUACUACAAUUAUUUAAAACACUAAACAGCACCAACUGGGUUUACAAAUACGGCAUAGAGCAGACGCCUUUAUUUAAAGCGACUUACAGUACUGUGAUGGUAUACUAUCUAAGCAAUUGAGGGUUAAGGGCCUUGCUCAAGGGCCCAACAGUGGCAACCUGGCAGUGGUGGGGCUUGAACUGGUGACCUUUUGAUUACUAGUCCAGUACCUUGACCACUAGGCUACAACUGCAGAAACGGACAAUUUUGAAAGUGCUCCUUGAUGGAUCAGCGUCCUGUUCAGGCUGUGUUAGUGCACUCUAGGAAAACCGGACCCACUGUGGCCCUGACCAGGAUACAAUGGUGGAAAAGCAUGAAAACUCAUGAAAUGAGUAAUAGGUUUGUUCAGGAAUGUUCUGUGUGUGUCGGCUAAGAAAAUAAACCUGAAAUUUACUUCCAGAACCAAGAGAAUAAAGGAAAAGUCACUGCUCAGCUCUGUAGGAGUAAAACCCGGUUGUAAAUCGUUCAUCACCACACAGUCGAUCCCACGUGAUCAUAAUCCAUGUAUGAACUGAAAACACUGACCAUCCAGGGUGUUAAAUCUCUCUAUUUUUGUAUUGGAAAUGCUACAAGCGAAGCUUAAUGUUAACUGGGUCACUACAGCUUGAAGUCUGUGCUGUGAUAUGAAAGAAAUGCUCAUUAUUAUUAUUAUUAUUAUAUAGGAUCCCGGUAGUUCAUCUUUGUGAGGUCUGCAUGGUACUUCUUCAGCGACAGUACCCCCCCGUACCCGUGCCUGGCUUUUACUCAAAACACUUUUAAUCACGUCUCGACCACGUUUCAGUCGCUCGUCCGCGCCGUCUGAACGAGCUCCAUAUCCAUGUUCAUAUGUACGCACGCAUAUUUAUGCAGAUGAGUAUACGCUCAUGUAUAGUUCGGUAUAUAUUAACACCAGUCAGUACAUUUUCUUCCCUGAAGCCUGUCGUUCUUGGUCAGUGAUUGAAUUCGUUAGUCGGAAAUUAAGACGAAGAGCUUUCGGUUACCUGCGUGGAUGUUCCUGCGGGAUUUAAUGUCUGUGUAUAAUCACAUGUAACUGGCACACGUGCACCUCUCACCUGCGCUCAAGGCCUUUUCUGUAUUGUUUUUUCUUGCACUGAAUUCAGUAAAUCGAAUGUGAUUUCUAUUAUUAAUAA